AUGGCAUUUGAUGAGAAGAUUCAGAUAAGAAGCUACAAUGGGCAAUUAGAUAGAGUCAGAAUGGAAGAUCUUGAAAGAAGAUGUGAGGUAGGGCCAGCUGAGCAUGUGUUUCUCUUCACAGAUACUAUGGGUGACCCCAUUUGUAGAAUUCGUAAUAGCCCAAUGUACAAUAUGCUGGUGGCUGAGUUGAAUAAUGAGAUAGUUGGGGUCAUUCAAGGCUCUAUAAAGGUUGUAACAGUUCCGAAUCCACCAAAAGACCUUGCGAAAGUGGGCUAUAUUUUAGGGUUAAGGGUUUCUCCACAUCAUAGAAGAAAAGGGAUUGGUUCAAGAUUAGUGCAUCAUAUAGAAGAAUGGUUCAUAUCAAAUGAGGUUGAUUAUGCUUAUAUGGCAACUGAAAAAGACAAUGCAGCCUCAGUGAAGCUGUUUGUAAACAAGCUUGGCUAUGUCAAAUUCAGAACUCCUGCUAUUCUAGUACAUCCCAUCGAUCAUGGCCAAUUUUCCUGUCCGUCGAAUGUCGAAAUAGUGAAGCUCGAGGUUGAUCAAGCUGAGUUAUUGUAUAGGAAUUUCAUGAGUUCCGCUGACUUCUUCCCUCAUGACAUAGACAAAAUACUGAAAAACAAGCUGAGCUUGGGCACAUGGGUUGCCUAUCUUCACGAUGGUGAUUUGUCCAGCGAUCAGUUCGGUCAAGAUGGAAGGAUUCCAAAUAGCUGGGCCAUGAUAAGUGUUUGGAACAGUGGAGAACUUUUCAAGUUAAGGAUAGAGAAACCUCCCUUAUCUUGUUUCUUGCAUGCUAAGAGCACAAGAGUCCUAAAUAGGGUAUUGCCAUUCAUUAAAGUGCCCUUAAUGCCUGAUUUCUUCGACCCUUUUGGAUUCUACUUCAUAUACGGAUUGUAUGGUGAAGGUCCAUCAUCUGGAAAGUUGGUUAGGACACUCUGCAAAUUUGUACACAGCAUGGCUAAAGAAUCCAGGGACUGCAAAAUCAUUGUCACGGAAGUUGGGGGGAGUGACAAGUUAAAAUCUUACAUACCCCGUUGGAAAUUACUUUCCUGUCCUAUGGAUUUGUGGUGUAUAAAAGCAUUAAAAAGUGAAGGGACAAAUACCCUCCAUGAAUUGACAAAAAGCUCACCAACUGGGGCUCUUUUUGUAGACCCAAGAGAAGUAUGA